AUGAUUUCAAAGUCAUGUGAAGAAGGACUUUGGAAAAAUUAUGAUGAAAAGAAUGUCCUUCAUGUUGCAAGUGAAAAAGGAAAUCUCAGACUUGUUAAAUCUCUGAUCGAUUGUGGCUUUGAUAAAGAAACAAAGAGUACAUAUGGAAAUACUCCACUCAUUUGUGCCUCACAACAUGGUCAUUUUGAAGUUGUUCAAUAUCUUUUCUCUGUUGGAGCUGAUAAAGAAGUAAAGAAUAAAGAAGGAGUUACUUCACUCAUUUGGGCAUCACAAAAUGGUUAUCUUGAAGUUGUUAAAUAUCUUGUCUCUAUCGGAGCUAAGAAAGAUGCAAAAGAUAAUAAUGGAAAUACUCCACUCAUUAAAGCAUCAUCAAAUGACCGUCUUGAAGUUGUUAAAUAUCUUGUCUCUAUCGGAGCUAAAAGAGAUGCAAAAUAUAAAGAUGGAAGAUCUCCACUCUCUGUCGCAACAGGCAAUGUAAGACCCCAUCUAAAAUCCUUAGGAUUUCAGUAG